AUGACGACGCACCUCGAGUUUAACAAAACGACCACCUGUGAUGAGGUUGUUGAAGCAUUUGCCGAGAAUGUUGUCGGCAAGACGAUCCUCGUCACCGGAGUCUCGCCCAAUGGUCUCGGCGAGGCGCUGGUAAAGGCUCUUUCAACAAAGAAGCCCGCAAAGUUGAUCUUCAUGGCGCGAUCUACUGCCAAGGCUGAAUCAGUUGACCAAGCCAUCAAAGAAGACAUGAUCAACCCUCCAUCGAUUGAUAUUGUGCAGAUGGAUCUGUCUUCCACCGCUUCCGUGCAAGCUGCAGCCGAGGCUCUUAAACAACACCGGCGCAUCGACAUCUUGAUCAAUAAUGCUGGAGUCAUGGCGUUGCCCAACCGCACAUUGUCUACAGAUGGAUAUGAAAUGCAUUUUGCGACCAACUUCCUUGGCCAUUGGCUCUUUACCAACCUCCUCAUGUCAAAGUUGACCAACGGUGGACAAGUCGUCAAUGUUACGUCUGGAGGGUACAUGGUUUGCCCCAUCCGAUUUCAUGAUCUUGAAUGGGAGGGCAACAAGCGAUUGCCAGAAGAAGAACAGAGAUUCGGGAGUAGAGGCAUCACGGCUAUCAGUGCAGCCCCAGGAGUCGUUGUGACAGAGUUGCAGAGGCAUAUAAACGGAUUCCGCAACCCGACCAUGGAGUACAAAUCUGCCUCUCAAGGUGCAGCCACUUUUCUGGUUGCUGCUCUGGAUCCCGCUCUUCAAGCCCAUAACGGCGCCUAUGUUGAUGAUUGCCAGGUGGCCGAGAUUACAUCUGUCCAUGUGCAGGAUGCAGAGGUUGCCGAUAGGUUGUGGAAGGCUGCUGAAAGAAUGACUGGCUUGACGUUUUAG